AGACAUUUUUCUUUGACAUUGACGUUUACCGUUGUACUUGGGGGUGCAUUGUUAUUAACAGUAAUUUAUAGUUAAGUGUUUAAAUGCAUUAAAUAAUUCCAUAACUGAAUUAAAGUUGAUUACUCUACUACUUACCGAGUAUUCCAUCCCUCCAACGAAGUGCUACGAAAUUCAGACAUGGAUUAUUCUGAUCAAGAGUUAUCCGAUAAUGAAGGGGAAUUUGCUUUCGAAACUGAUCAUUUAGCUAUACGAGGAAACAAGGAUUACUGUGACUUAUUAAAAUAUAUUGUGCAACUGGAAGCUCAGAAGAUACAAGCACUCAAAGAUAUUGAAGAACUCGCUUUUACCAAAUCUAAAGCUCUAAAGGAUCCAUUGAAUUUUGUUCAAGAUAUUAAAUCUGGUAAUAUAAAGUUUCCUUCUCGCCAAACCAUUGCAGAUCUGCCUGAUAUUGAAUGGGAUAAGUACGGUAUUGAUGUGACCAUCGGGAAUAAUUCUAAAUCAAGCAACGAAGAACUAGAGUCUAGUAUGAAAGUAAGGGGCCGGAUGUUCACUGAUAAUAAGCCUGAAACUUUCAAUCAGCUGUGGUCAUGCGAGGAACAAAAGAGACUUGAAGAACUUCUAGAAAUAUUCCCCGAAGAAGCGGUAGAAUCAAGAAGAUGUAAAAAAAUUGCUGAUGCUUUAGGCACUCGCACACCAGUGCAAGUAAUGAGCCGAAUUCAAAAAUAUUUCACGAAAUUAGCUAAAGCGGGUCUACCCAUACCGGGCAGAGCACCCAAAGGUGUGUAUAAAGACAAGUAUAGGGAUAAGAGUUCAUUCUAUAAGAAAUCUACAUUCUUUCCUCAACUCCAUGUUCCUGUGAAAAUGGAAGAUCCUCACAACAAUAGCGAUAGUAUGGAUAGUGCAUUAUUCUCAGAAACAACGAAUGGUAAUAAGAAUAUGUUAGAAUUACUCAAAGCAGCCAAAGAACAACGACAGCUAGAUGAAACCUCACCGGUGUAUCAGACAAACACUAUGUGUGUUGGAUGCCAGAAAACAGGAUUCCUGGGUGCAAGAUGGACAGAUAAUGCCGGCACAGACUUCUGUACCGACUGUGUGGUGAAGCUACUACCCAUAGAAAAAUUAAUUCCAGUUCGAUAGCACCUUUAAGAUAUCUAAUUUUGACAAUUUUGUUAAUCUAAAUUAAGAUCAAUUAUUUACUAUAUUUAUUUUCCUGACUUUAUAUAUAUGUGUAAAUCACUUAGGAUACAAAUUUAUCAAAAUGUUUAUAGCUUUAAUCCCUUUUUUUAUUAUACGAAAUUUGUUUUAAUUAUUGUAUUUUAAUAAAGGAACACUUAAAUAUCGCGACAACUCACAAAAUCUCA